AUGGGGGAUUUUGUGGAGGACAGAUGGGAAUGGAAGUUAACAUGGAGGAGGACUUUUUUUUAUCAUGAAAUUGACAAUGUAGCAGCUCUUCUAGCUGAGAUCGAGUCUGGCCACAUCCAUCAAUCCAGCAGGGAUUUCCUUUGGUGGAAGCCUGACCCUAAUGGUCUAUUUUCAACAAAGUCUGCCUACAAAGUACUGCAGGAGGCUCAUAAUAAUGCUGAUGAAGACAGGGCCUCCAAGAUUAUGUGGAGACUGAAAAUUCCCCCAGGGGUGAGUGCUUUUUCUUGGAGACUAUUCAAGAACAUGCUCCCUACUAGGGAUAAUCUCAGAAGGAGGCAAGUGACAUUGCCUUCAUACAGCUGCCCUCUAUGUGAGCAUGAAGAAGAAUCGGUCAAUCAUCUUAUGUUCAACUGCUCCAAGACUAGGAGUCUUUGGUGGGAGCCAAUGAGAUGGGUUAAUAGAGUGGGUCCUCUCCCCACAGACCCAAAGAAUCACUUUUUGCAAUUCUCUCAGUGGAAUAGGCAAAGUUCUACAACCAAGAGAUGGGAAUUGCUGUGGAUAGCUCUGUCUUUGUCCAUUUGGCAUCACAGAAAUGGCAUGGUUUUCAAUAACCAGCCUUUUAAUCCUGAAAAGGUCAUGGAUGAUGCCUUAUUCCACACUUGGUCUUGGCUUAAGUGUGUGGAGAAGGGCUUCCAACUGCAUUUUAAUUUCUAG